AUGAAGUUUGCAUCCACCGUCCUCGCGCUUCUCGGCGCCGUCGUCGCCGAGCGCAAGACGUUCACGGCCUACACGCAGCCCAUCACACUCGAGCAAGGCGGCAUCAGCAACGCGUUCCACGUGCUCAAGAUCCCGAAAGGCCCAAUCGCAGUGUACCGCUUCGCCGGCGACAUUGUCGAGAUCGCCGCCGACGGCACGGUCAUCCCGACGCCGACGUACGAUGCGUACCUGCACCACCACGUCGUGGGCUCGCGCCACCAGCGCUACGCCAACCAAGAAGGCAAGUGGACGCCCAUGAAGCCCAAGGGCGCGUACCGCGGCGUCGGCUUUGGCGCGGGCACCGAGGCGCGCGGGACGCCCCAAGAGUUCCACUACCCGUACGCCUUCUUCACGACCGAGGGCGAGGACGAGUGGAUCGCCAACGUCCACAUCCUCAACACGCGGCAGAUGUCGCCGGCGCAAGCGCACCGGUGCCUCGAGUGCCCGUGCACGGCCGAGGACGACUUCUCCAACGGAACCAUCAACGGC